AUUAGGGGGAAGGAGUGAGGAAAGUACCAAAUAGCUGCAGACUUUUAAACUUUAAAUAGACAGGUCUGAGGGCCUGGACUUGUUUUUGCAUUUGACUUCAUUCUCUGAGGAGUUCAAUCACUUGGCGUGACUACUUCACUUCUUUCAAGAGAAACAGUGGUGCCCAGGCAACAUGGGUGACUGGAGUGCCUUAGGCAAACUCCUUGACAAGGUUCAAGCCUAUUCUACCGCUGGAGGGAAGGUGUGGCUGUCAGUCCUUUUCAUUUUCCGAAUCCUGCUACUGGGGACAGCAGUUGAGUCAGCCUGGGGUGAUGAGCAGUCUGCCUUUCGCUGUAACACUCAACAACCUGGUUGUGAAAACGUCUGCUAUGACAAAUCUUUCCCAAUCUCUCAUGUGCGUUUCUGGGUCCUGCAGAUCAUAUUUGUGUCUGUUCCCACACUCUUGUACCUGGCUCAUGUGUUCUACGUGAUGCGAAAGGAAGAGAAACUGAACAAGAAAGAGGAGGAACUCAAAGCCCAAAAUGAUGAUAGGAAUUUGGAGAUGCACUUGAAGCAGAUUGAAAUAAAGAAGUUCAAGUAUGGCAUCGAAGAGCAUGGCAAGGUGAAAAUGCGAGGGGGUUUGCUGCGAACCUACAUCAUCAGUAUCCUCUUCAAGUCUGUCUUUGAGGUAGCCUUCUUGCUGAUCCAGUGGUACGUCUAUGGAUUCAGUUUGAGUGCUGUUUACACUUGUAAAAGAGAUCCCUGCCCGCAUCAGGUGGACUGCUUCCUUUCUCGUCCCACAGAGAAAACCAUCUUCAUCAUCUUCAUGCUGGUCGUGUCCUUGGUGUCUCUUGGCUUGAACAUCAUCGAACUCUUCUAUGUCUUCUUCAAGGGUGUUAAGGAUCGCGUGAAGGGAAAGAACGAUCCUUACCACACUACCAGCAGCCCACCGAACCACGCCAAAGACUGUGGAUCUCCAAAAUAUGCUUAUUUCAAUGGCUGCUCCUCCCCAACCGCUCCCCUCUCACCCAUGUCUCCUCCCGGGUACAAGCUGGUUACCGGAGACAGAAACAAUUCUUCCUGCCGCAAUUACAACAAACAAGCAAGUGAGCAAAACUGGGCUAAUUACAGUGCAGAACAAAAUCGAAUGGGGCAGGCAGGAAGCACCAUCUCUAACUCCCACGCACAGCCUUUUGAUUUCCCUGAUGACCACCAGAAUUCUAAAAAGCUCGAUGCUGGCCAUGAACUACAGCCUCUAGCCAUUGUGGACCAGCGGCCUUCCAGCAGAGCCAGCAGUCGUGCCAGCAGCCGACCUCGGCCUGAUGACCUAGAGAUCUAGGUCCAGUCUUGAGAGCAUAAAGAUUCCACUCAGUUGUGGAGAAGAAAAAGGUGCUAUAGAAAGUGCACCUUAGGUGUUCAUUUUUUUUCCAGUGGAGGUGGUACUCAACAGCCUUGUCACGAGGCUUAGAAAACACAAAGACAUUAGAAUACCUGGUUCACUGUGGGUGUUAGGGAUAGGCAGGUGGAGAGGGAAGGGAUGAGAGAAGUACAUGUUGGUAUUUAAUGUAGUUGAUUCAAAGAACUUAAAUUUUAAAUAAAAGUUGCAUUAGGUGAUCCAUAGUUAAGGGCUUUUUCCUCCCCACACACCCUUAAGAAUACUUCUGUGUAUGUGAAAGACUGGGUGGGUGAUAUUUUUGGUUAAAUACUUUUUUGUUUUACCAAGAAACUGAAAUAACUUUGGCCAGGAGAAAAUACUUCCUGAACAUCCUACUUCUCUUUAUCAAGAAGACAGAGGAUUGUCCUUAUGUCCCUGCUAAAACAUUCCAUUGUUAAAAUUUGCACUUUGAAGGUAAGCUUUCUAGGCCUGACCCUCCAGGUGUCAGUGGACUUGUGCUACUAUAUUUUUUAUUCUUGGUAUCAGUUAAAAGUUCAGACACGGCCCACAGAAGAAGACUUUCCAUGCAUUUGCAAAUCUCAGCCAGUUUUACGUACAUUCUUUUUUACAUCCACGUUAUUAUUACCAUCACUUUGCAUCAUUCCUCAACUACUAUUCACAUUCAUUUAAUGAUUUCUGUAGACAUUUAAAAAACAGUUGGGAUAUCACUUACCAUUUUUUGAGUUAAAGUCAGGGAAGCAAGCCAUGCUCAAUGUUUAACAAUCACUUGUAUGUGAAUGUGUGUGGAAGAGUGUGUUUUAUUUGUCAUGUAUUGGUACAAGCAGAUGCAGUAUAAACUCACAAACACAGAUUUGAAAAUAAUGCACACAUGGUGUUCAAAUUUGAACCUUUCUCAUGGAUUUUGUGGUGUGGGCCAAUAUGGUGUUUACAUUAUAUAAUUCCUGCUGUGCAAGUAAAGCACAUUUUUUUUUUU